AGAAAAGUCAACACAACAGACAAACAGACAAAACAGACAGACAGACAGAAAAAAAAAACAGGAACAAAAUGUAUACUUAUUUGGGAAAAUGGAUUAUGGUUAACAACAGCAAAUGUGAUUGCCCUUUCCUCCCUGCCCACCCAUGGGAAGUUCUACUCUUCUCCAUGUCACCAGUUCCAGAAGCCUCCUGGGGUAUCUCCCUUGGAGCCUCUUAGGAUAUCUUCCCUGGGUUUCCACUGGUGAGGGGCACCUCAAGAGAGCUCUUUGGCAUGGUCCUGAACAGUGGACUGGCUUUGCCUGGGCCCUGCCCAGCAGAGAUCAUGUAUCGCCUCCUGAGGCUGCAGCCCGUCCUCAAAGGGCCCAGACCUCACAAUACCACCCUGUGGUUGCCACAGGAUUGUCAUGGGCUCUGUGCUGUGCCCCCAACGUGCUAAGCAGGUGUUUUGUAUCUAGUCUCUCACUGCACGGGGAGGUGUCAUGCUCUGGCAGCGUGGUGAGUUAAAGCGGUCAGGAGUGCACUGCAAGCUGGACAUGGCAAGUAAUGGAUCUUGGCAAACUCUUAGAAGCCAUGGCAGUGCUGGCACCAAAAGAUGGCAGCCUGGGCAGAGUUUGUCUUUUUUAAGCAGCUCAGUAUCAUUUUACCAAAGCCAGCUAACUUCUUUAAAAUCACUGCAGGCAGAAAAAUCACUGCACUACUUUGUCCAAACUAAAUUGAAUCAUUACACCUCCAUCUGCCGCUGCCAUUGUAUAGAACCUGACCACCAUGAUCUUAAUCAGAACUAGUUUCCUGUUCACAUAGGGGCAAAUGCCAGUUGGUCCCUGUGCUAGGCAGCUUGCUGAAGAGAAGUGCUUUCAGCCAGCCACCAGUGUGCCAGGGCCCUCUUGAAGACUGUUUUCUUGGGCUUCAGCCCACAAAGCCCAGCUCUUAGAGGGACUCUGCACUCUGAGGGACCCCCAAAACCUGUGUUCCACUGGAAACACAAAAGAUGGGCACUCAGAUAUUUGAUUCCCCUUAAAAUAGGACUAAGACAGUCACACUCAUUAGCAGCCACAGCAAAACCCGAGUCUUGCUACAGCUGCCUAGCAAAAGGGGUACAAAGAACCAUACUGGCUGAGGCUCACCUACCCGGGCCUGGGGGAGGGGAGGGGAGUGGAAGACAGAGGUUUAAACAGUUCAUCUGGAGGAAAAAUAUCCGAAAACACAUUGGGACUUGCCAACCACUUUUAGAGUUCAUUCCUUUUUGUGCACACACGAUUCUUCCUGUACCCCUCCCACAAAACAGACAUUAUUGCUUUUGCACCCAGAGUGCAGCACCCUGGCCCAGCUCCCUACAGUACCCACGUCCACAACAGACACCGAUUUUCACUACUAUAAUGAGGCAGGAUGUGAAGAAUCAGUGAAGAGCUACUCAUUAAGGGACCCUCAGGAAGCAGAAGGCUUGGGCUUAAAACUCACUGGUUAUCAGGAAGAGUGCUGAGCACUGCCCCAUGAAGAAGCCAGGGCUCCUGGGAGGGGUACCUUUUUGGCUUUACCAGGCAUAUGACCCCUCCCUAACGUCGAUUUUCCAUAGUAUGAGAGAUCCAUUCUGGCGCGGGGCUGAGCUCAAAUUUGCAGACCAAGAUUUGGAAACAGGGGCACACUAAGAGGCUUACACUUCCUACCCUGUGCUCUAUAUAGUCGUGUCACCCCUCCAUUUUACACUGAAAUUCAAAAGCGAGUACGGUAGAAUCUUCUGGAAAGGGUCUAAGAUGGGACUCAGGAGGCAGAGGUCGGUGUGGAAAGCGCAGAUGGAUUUUUUCUCUCUUCCCCAGCAAAUGAGGAACGCCCCCAGCCAUCCCUCCUCAGGAACCACCACCCAGGGCGCGCAUGCGCACUUAGGCGGCAGGCAGAUACUUAAGGCACAGCAACCGCGGCUGUAGCAGUGCGCCCAACAGCGGAAUCAAAGAGACCAGUGGACCUCGGCAAGAACCCUUGCUCUCUCCCACCCACCCACCACUCUUGGCACCAUGGCAGCAGUAGCGGCAGCCUCGGCUGAACUGCUCAUCAUUGGCUGGUACAUCUUUCGCGUGCUACUGCAGGUGUUCCUGGAAUGCUGCAUUUACUGGGUAGGAUUCGCUUUUCGAAAUCCUCCAGGGACACAGCCCAUUGCGAGAAGUGUUCAGAUACUCCCUGCAGAAGCUGGCGUACACGGUGUCCCGGACCGGGCGGCAGGUGCUGGGGGAGCGCAGGCAGGGAGCCCCCAACUGAGGCCCCAGCUCCCAGCCCUGGGCGGCCCUAUCACCACGUGCUCCUGCGCAUCUCAGCCAGCAUGGGAGCAAGUGCCGCGCAGGCAUGGGGGGUCCCCUGUGUUCCCUCGCCAGAGGAGCACUUGCCAAGGUCAGUGAGGGGCUGAUAGGCACCCAAGAAGCAGCACCGACAAUGACGACAAUACCAGAUCCUUUUCCAACCCCUUUGCACCGGUUCCCUUGCAGGGAAGGUCAGGGAGGGAAGGGGAUUAGGGAGCAGAUCCUGGAGAUCUGGGCACAGGUGUCACAUUUUGAUCUGGACCAACUCGGGUCAGCACCAUCCUUGCCCUGAAGUCAUGGCCAUGCCAGUGGGCCCCACCAUGAAGACUGAAACACAUCAACCAGCAGAAUGAACAUUACAACAUCACCAGCUGAAGUCCUGAAUCUCAGUGCAGCAGAGAAGGCGCCAACUCGUUUCGGUGGGGAGGGAUUGGAAGGCAUGGACAGAGGAAGAGAAGGGUUAAGAAACAACAGUGGGUUCUUCUCACUGUUCCUUGCCUGUGUCAUGUAUGCAUUCCAGCCUUGCUGCCUUUGCUCCCUUGAUUCCCCCUUCCCCUAACUGCCCCUCCAGCCCAUCCCAACCCCUAAAAAUGUGUCACUUGAUUUGGACCUAUUCAACCUAUUCAUUUACCUAUUCAGUAAAUGAAUCCCAUCUUUACUAAAACACCUUCUGAGUCCCCUGCCCCUCACUGAUCUUGCUUUCCCUGGUCUCACGCAGUUGUGGUCAAUAUUGUGGUAAUUGCUAAUUGUACUGAUUGUUUAGGUGUGCGUUAGUUGUGUCUCCCCAGCUAGAUUGUAAGCUCCUGGAGGACAGGGACCGCCUCUACAAAAAUAAAAAACAGUACCUCCCUUGCCUUGCAGUGUCCUAGGAACCUGCAAGGUGAUGGAGGUGCACCAAAAAGUU